GCGGCUUCAAAAACCCCCGCCGCCCCAGCCGGUCGCUGCUGCCGCCGCCCUUCGCGCCCCAGGCCGUCCCACUCCCUUCCUCCCGCCGCGGAUCCGCCAGACAGCGAGGCCCCCGGCCGGGGGCAGGGGGGACGCCCCCUCCGGGGCACCCCCCCGGCUCGGAGCCGCCCGCGGGGCCGGCCUCAGCCGGGAACGGAGAAAGGAGCCGCCGAGGAGCAGUCCGAGGCCCCAGAGUCUGAGACGAGCCGCCGCCGCCCUCGCCGCCGCCGCCGCCGCCGCCGCCGCCGCCACUGCGGGGAGGAGGGGGAGGAGGAGCGGGAGGAGGGACGAGCUGGUUGGGAGAAGAGGAAAAAAGUUUUGAGACUUUUCCGCUGCCGCUGGGAGCCAAAGGCGCGGGGACCUUCGCGCAGCGCUGCUCCGCGAGGCAGGACUGGGGGACCCCAGACCGCACCUCCACCCCGCACUGCCUCGGACGCUUGCUCCCUUCCUUCCCCCCACACGGCGUUCCCCGGGCGCCCCCAUUCCGGACCAGCCCUCAGGAGCCUCAAAUCCGACUCCCGCGAGGACUCGACCCCAGACAUCGGUCGCACCCCCCCGCACGGCCCCCAACUCCCAGCCUCUCUCUUGAGCCCCCGCGCAUCCAAGGACCCUUCUCCUCCGGGAUCCAGGAGACGGGAUCAAUCUCAGACCUGCCUCAGCUUUCCUAUUCAAGACCACCCACCUUUGGUACCAGAUCUCGCUCAUCUCGGUUUUUGCCGUGGGAUACCGAGAACACACCCAUCAGAGCCUCCCCUCCAGCUCCGCUCCGCUCUCCCUGAGGGCCUCAACUUCCCCCCUCCCCAGACCCUCCUACCUUUCCUCGGGAGACCCCCCCCAGACCCUGUAGGGGCGGGGCCUCCCUCUUCCCACCCCAGCCCGGCUCGCGCUCUCGGCUGUGCCGGGGGCGCCGCCUCCCCCAUGCCGCCCUCGGGGCUGCGGCUGCUGCCGCUGCUGCUGCCGCUGCUGUGGCCACUAGUGCUGCCGCCUAGCCGGCCGGCCGCCGGACUGUCCACCUGCAAGACCAUCGACAUGGAGCUGGUGAAGCGAAAGCGCAUCGAGGCCAUCCGCGGCCAGAUUCUGUCUAAGCUUCGGCUCGCCAGCCCCCCGAGCCAGGGGGAGGUGCCGCCCGGUCCGCUGCCCGAGGCCGUACUGGCCCUUUACAACAGUACCCGUGACCGGGUGGCCGGGGAAAGUGCCGAACCUGAGCCUGAGCCAGAGGCGGACUACUACGCCAAGGAGGUCACCCGCGUGCUAAUGGUGGAAAACAGCAACGAAAUCUAUGGGAAAAUCAAGCGUAGCCCACACAGCAUGUAUAUGCUCUUCAACACAUCGGAGCUCCGGGAAGCGGUGCCCGAACCUGUGUUGCUCUCUCGGGCAGAGCUGCGCCUGCUGAGGCUCAAGUUAAAAGUGGAGCAGCACGUGGAGCUGUACCAGAAAUACAGCAAUGAUUCCUGGCGCUACCUCAGCAACCGGCUGCUGGCCCCCAGCGACUCACCGGAGUGGCUGUCCUUUGAUGUCACUGGAGUUGUGCGGCAGUGGCUGACCCACGGAGAGGUAAUAGAGGGCUUUCGCCUCAGUGCCCACUGUUCCUGUGACAGCAAAGAUAACACACUCCAAGUGGACAUUAACGCAGGGUUCAGUUCCGGCCGCCGGGGUGACCUCGCCACCAUUCAUGGCAUGAACCGGCCCUUCCUGCUCCUCAUGGCCACCCCGCUGGAGAGGGCCCAGCACCUGCACAGCCCCCGGCACCGCCGAGCCCUGGACACCAACUACUGCUUCAGGGUUUGCAAGGGAGACCGAGAUGGAGACCGUGCUGGCGGGCAACCAGGCUCCACGGAAAAGAACUGCUGCGUUCGGCAGCUCUACAUUGACUUCCGCAAGGACCUGGGCUGGAAGUGGAUUCACGAACCCAAGGGCUACCACGCCAAUUUCUGCCUGGGGCCUUGCCCCUACAUCUGGAGCCUGGACACGCAGUACAGCAAGGUCCUGGCCCUGUACAACCAGCACAACCCGGGAGCGUCGGCGGCGCCGUGCUGCGUGCCGCAGGCGCUGGAGCCUCUGCCCAUCGUGUACUACGUGGGCCGCAAGCCCAAGGUGGAGCAGCUGUCCAACAUGAUCGUGCGCUCCUGCAAGUGCAGCUGAGGCCCCGCCCCACCCGACAGGUCCCGCCCACCCCGGCAGGCCCGGCCCCGCCCCCGCCCGCCUCAUCAGGGUUGUAUUUAAGGACACCUCACCCAAGCCCCCCUGGGGUCCAUUAAAGGUGGAGAGAUGA